AUCUGCAAGAAAUCACUACUGAUCAAGAAGUCAUGAGUUCAAAGCCAGCCUGGGUCAGAGUACGCUCCCAACCACUAAUAAUCUAGCUUGCUGUUGACCUAUGCAGCCCAAAAGACAGUUGCAGCUUUUGAGUAGGAAGUUUAUUAUUUAUUUAUUUACAGUAUUUAUAUUCCGCCCUUCUCACCCCGAAGGGGACUCAGGGCGGAUCACAUUACACAUAUAAGGCAAACAUUCAAUGCCUUAACAUAGAACAAAGACAAGACAAACACGGGGCUCCGAGCUGGCCUCGAACUCAUGACCUCCUGGUCAGAGUGAUUCAUUGCAGCUGGCUGCAGCUGGUUGCUCAACAGCCUGCACCACAGCCCGGCCCACAUCAGUUUAGGUACUGCUUUAUGCGGAAAGGCGAAUUUGACUAACAUCAUAAAAAAACUUCCAGCAGAGUGCGGAAGAAUGAGAAAGUACUCCAUCAAGGACUAGGUGUCAUAAAUGGACGGUGAAGUGGCAGCUCCCCCUGUGGCUGGAACUGAGCAUAUACUCAUGAAAUCAGAAGUUGGAAUGUUAAAAUUGUCUAAAUAUGUCGUAUGUCUAAUAGCACUGAAUGUUUGCCAUGUAUAUGUACAUUGUGAUCCGCCCUGAGUCCCCUUUGGGGUGAGAAAGGCGGAAUAUAAAUACUGUAAAUAAAAAAGUAAAUAAAUUUUAACUGCUGUGGCUUAAUGUCCUGAAAUUAUGGGAGCUCUAAAUUGUUGAGGCACCAACACUUUUGGCAGAGAAGGCUAAAAAGCUUGUAAAAUGAAUCUCCUGUAAUUCGAUUGCAUUAAGCCAUGACAGUUAAAGUGGUGUCAAAACUGCAUUAAUUUACAGUGUAGAUGUACUCUCAAGGACUGAUCUUGUGUUUGUUUUCCUGAUUAUUAGUGGGAGAGGCAGUAUGUUGACUGGCUUCUUGACAUACUGGAGAUUUAGCCUAGGGAAUUAUAUCUCUUUAUGCUGGAGAGCCCUCCAUCUCAAUUAGGGCCUGAAAUGACAUUCAUUCCUUCAAAAUACUGAUGUUUAAGUGGAACCGAUGUUCUUGAAGUGCAUUCCGGAGACAAUCUGGCUCUGGAGGAUUCUCCAAGGAUGGGCACUGGGCCAGCCAAAACCUGUUAUACCUGAUGGGAAGUUUAUAAAAGGCCCUAAAGUGAGCAACAGGCAUUCAACCGAAGUCUGAAUCUGUUGACGUUCCAAGUUCAAUCCAUGCUUCCCCUUUGCUGGAAAAAGAUCCUCUUUGUGGACCUUGGUGGAAAAUGUCCAGGGUGUUCUCCACCAGUCUUCGCUGCCGGUUGCCCUUCUUGCUCUUCCUCUUCCAGACUUCUCUGCUCUUGGUCUUCCUCCUGUUUGUGACCUAUGAUGAGCACACCGAUGCUGCUGCCCAGCCUUCCCAUGUUGACCAUGCUGCCAACCAGCUCUACGCCAUCUUCUCGCUCUUCCAGGACAUCCAGUUGAUGCUGCUGGUUGGUCUGGGCUUGCUGCUGGCUUUCAUGAAGGGCUACGGAUUCAGUGCUGUGGCCAACAACUUCCUCUUGGCCAACUUCUCCACCCAGUGGGCCCUGGUCAUACAAGGAUUUGUACAUCACUCCCAGAAUGGGAAGAUUCGCCUCGGCCUUUACAAUAUCCUCACGGCUGAAUUUGCAGCUGUGACUGUCCUCAUCUCUGCCGGAGCCAUUUUGGGCCGAACGAGCUCCAUCCAGCUUCUUCUCAUGAGCCUUUGUGAAAUCCCGCUUUACGUAGCCUGUGAAUGGGUGACAGUGAGCUACUUGCAAGCUGUGGAUGUAGGAGGAACCAUCACACUUCAUGUCUUUGCUUGCUAUUUUGGGUUGGGUGCCUCCAUUGCUCUCUACCGCCCAGGGCUGAGAUUGGGGCACCCAAAAGAGACCCCUUCUUACAUCUCAGAUCUUCUGUCCUUGGUAGGAACUGUGUUUCUUUGGGUGUUCUGGCCCAGUUUUGUUGCUGUCCUUGUCCAACCAGGCGAUGCCCAGCAUAGGGCUGUGCUGCAUACAUGGAUUACUCUCAGCGCCAGUGCUGUGAUUUCUUUUGCAACGUCCAGUCUGCUGGAAAAGGAAGGCAAGCUGAAUGUGGCUCAUUUGCAGAAUGCCACCUUGGCCGGAGGAGUGGCCAUAGGGGCAGUGGCCAAUAUGGCUAUUACUCCAGCUGGAGCAUUCAUCCUAGGUAUCAUUUCCUCCUUGGUCUGCAUCCUUGGUUUCAAAUACAUGACACCGUUCUUGGCCACCAAAGUUCGGAUACAGGACCAGUGUGGCAUUCACAACCUCCAUGGCUUACCGGGGCUCAUUGGUGCCGUGGGUGGAAUCAUAGCCAUCUUGUUAGUGCCGGAUGAAGCCUACGGGCAUCAGCUUUACCAAGUCUUCCCUCCACGUGCCCCACCAUUAAGGAACAUCACCAUGGAGGCAACCUCGGUUGGAGAGAACCUGGCCAGGAGUGCCUCUCAGCAAGCACUCUUCCAGGCCGCAGGCCUCGGGGUCUCCUUCCUCAUGUCACUUUUGGGAGGCUUUCUUACCGGGCUGCUUCUGAAAUUGCCAUUUCUCGCCCAGCCGCCUGACCAUCUCUGCUUUGACGAUUCCCUUUAUUUUCAGAUCCAAGAGCCAAUGAAGGCCUUGAGUCUUGAUCAGGAGAGUGGGGACUUCCGCUUACCAUUGAAACUUCACAUUUCUUCUCCUUGUGAUGGCAAAGCAGAAAUGAAACAAGAAAAUUGAACAUUUGGUUCUAGCAAUUCAAAGUGUAAGGACUGCAACAUUUCAAGCAGGUCUAUGCCUAGAGUUUGCAAAACACUGCCUUUUCUUUUUCAGUAAGCAAUAAAUGAUGAAAGUGGUGUUGAACUGCAUUAAAUCUACAAUGUAGAUUUAAUGACUACUCUCAAUUCAGUACACUGAGCCCUUGGGAUCCACUGGGGUUUGAUUCCAGGAUAUCAAAAUUCAUAAUUCUCAAGUCUAAAUACAGUAGAGUUUCACUUAUCCAAGCUAAACGGGCCAGCAGAACCUUGGAUAAGCAAAUAUAAUAAUAAUAAUAAUAAUAAUAAUAAUAAUAAUAAUAAUAAUAAUAACAACAACAACAACAACAACAACAACAACAACAACUUUAUUUUUAUACCCCACCUCUAUCUCCCCAAAGGGGACUCAGGGCGGCUUAUAUGGGGCCAAGCCCGAAUAAAAACAAUAGCAAUAUAAAACACAACAAAAGACAAAAGACAAAAGAAUAUCUUGGAUAAUAAGGAGGGAUCAAGGAAAAGCCUAUUAAACAUCAAAUUAUGUUAUGAUUUCGACAAAUUAAGCACCAAAACAUCACGUUAGACAACAAAUUUGACAGAAGAAGUAAUUCAAUACGCAGUAAUGUUAUGUUGUAAUUACUGUAUUUAUGAAUUUAGCACCAAAAUAUCAUGAUAUAUUGAAAACAUUGACUACAAAAAUGCCUUAGAUAAUCCAGAACCUUGGAUAAGUGAGUCUAGGAUAAGUGAGACUCUACUGUAUAUACAAUAGUGUAGUCAAAUGGUGUCCCUUAUAUAAUCAAGGUUUGCUUUUGAAUUUUAUUUAUUUUUUUUGAGGUGGGAGGUAUUUUCAAGUCAUGAAUGGUGGAACCCAUGGAUUUUGCAUAUGUGGAUUUUUUUACCAUAUCAGAAGCGACUUGAGAACAUGCGGCAAGUCACUUCUGUUGUGAGAGAAUUGGCCAAUUACAGAGACAUUGCCCAGGGGAUGCUGGGAUGUGUUAGCUGGGAGACUUCUCUCAUGUCCCCGCAAACUAGAGCUGAAAGAUGGGAGCUCACCCCAUCUCGUGGAUUCGAACCAGCAACCUUCAGGUCAGUAUCCCAAUCUUAAGGUCAGCAGUUCAGCCGACACAAGGUUUUAACCCAUUGUGCCACUGCGGCGUAAUAUAUGUGGAUAAAAAGGGUUAAUUGUAUUACUUAUGUAGCUGAUGUAGAGUAGUGGCUAAUAUUUCUACCAGGAAAUUUCUAAAGGUAUUGAAUAGGAAAAUCGGGCUGGAGAAGAGGGGGAAAUGACCCUUGGCUCCUAGGGAAGACAGAUAGUAGCCUUAUGCUUGUCCCUACCAACACAUUGGUAAUCAUAUUCUUCCCUGCCAUAGACCACCAACAGGAAUAUUUUAUUAGACCCCAACAAGUCUGAAGGUCUUCCUUUCCUUAAGAAAGCCCUAAAAAAUUAAUGUGGUCUCUGUAAGUCAGCAAGAGACUUGAAGGCAGAGACACACAAUAAUAUUUUAUAUUCCAAUUUUUUCUUAGGUGAUUUUUAGUCCCAUAAAGUCCUCUUUUUCAAGACUUUGGCUAGUUCUGAAGAUUUCCUGCAGUUUGUUUGAUUUAUGGCAAAAUUACUAUUUAAUAAUUCAAUAAAUCCACCCUACACUUUUUGGCAUUUUUACAAAUUGUUCCUGGAAGUUCCCAGAGGCAGAACAGUGGUCUGCAAUGGACUCAAUGCUAUUGCCUACCCUGCUUUAAAUCAUCCGCACUGGCUAGCUACCAUUACAACCUUGGCCUCUUCAUUUGGUCUGCUAAAGUUAGGAUGGUACAUGGCAUCAUAUUUCUAAUUUCUAUAUCUGGUUGUGAACGCUGGACAGUGAAGAAAACAGAUAGGAAGAAAAUCAAUUCAUUUGAGAUGUGAUACUGGAGAAAAAUUGUACAGAUAACAUGAACUGCUAGAACUACCCAACAUGAUGUAGUGUUUCGAUGGCUAGACUACAACUCUGGAGACCAGGGUCUGAAUCCCUUCUCAACCUGAAACCAACUCACACUCUUCCUAGCCUCACAGGAAGGCAAUGAAAACACUCUUCUGUGAACAAAUAUUGCCAAGACAAUUCUGUGAUAAGCUUGCUGAAAGGUCACUAUAGUUUGGAAAUGACUUAAAGGUACACAAAAAGAACAAGAGCAAAUCAAAGAUGAACUCUCCCUAGAAGCCAAGAUGACUCAACUGAGGCUGACAUACUUUGGACAUAUCAUGAGAAGACAGGACUUACUAGAAAAUACAUUAAUGCUUGAUAAAGUAGAAUAGAAAUUCCUGAUGGAUAGACUCAAGAAAGCUAUGGAUCUGCUUCUUGGCAGAGAGUUGGACUGGAUGGCCCAUGAGGUCUCUUCCAACUCUAUGAUUCUAUGAUCUGAGUUUUCACAACCUGAACAAGGUUGUUGAAGAUAGAGUGGUUUUAAGGUCUCUCAUUAAUAGAGAUGCCAUAAGUCAAAGGCAUUUAACAACAACUGUUGUGUGAUUUCAGCUCUGCUAAAAUCGCAGGUUCGGGACCCGGAAUGCCUAGCUCCCAAAGACACAGGCGGAUUGAAGGCAAAAUCAGAGGUUUUUGUUCUCCUCGGCCAAAGAGAAUGUCAGCAGAGUCUGUGCUCCCAAACACUGACAUAAUUCAAUGCAAAUAAACAGAAAUAUUUAUAGUACUUUGAUGGCUAUGCAAGACUACCGUGCUGGCUUCUGAUAGGUCCAAAACUGCCCUGAGUCCCUUCGGGGAGAGAGGACAGUAUAUAAAUAAAGUUUUACUUACUUACUUACUUACUUACGUACUAGUUAGGAUCUGCUCUCUGGUUGGUCUGGGGCUCCAUCCAUCAUCAUUGCUUGUUGACUCCAGUCAUGGUGAAAAAUUUAAUAAACUAUUAUUGGAAUAUU